UUUCGUGUUUCGACAUAUCGUCCAUCGCUAAAAACAACGCGAAUACAAAAAAUAAUAUUUUUAAAAAUGGUUACAAGGACUUGCGUAUACAAAGAUUGUGAAUACUACUAUUUUGUUCACGACAACUCGCAAAAAAAAAGCAGAACAUUGUUUGCCUUUCCGAAACAACAGGAAAGAGCGCGAAUAUGGCACAUAAAUGGAAAGGUUCACCCCAAGAUUCCCCAAACUCAGUUAUUUAUGUGCUCAAGUCACUUCGACCGCAAGUUCAUAUCCUCUACCAAGAACCGAACUGUCCUUGUGGGCGAGGCGGUUCCAUAUCCGUACGAGGAUAGUGAACCUGACGCGGAGGAGGAGACCCAACAGGUAGCCUCCACGUCGCAUGAGAGCUACUAUAUAAACAUGAGCGACGAUGAACUAAGCAUUAAUAAUGUGGACACCACAACAAGUAACAAAACUAAAAUAGAGCUAGACUUUGACAUAGAGUCUACACCUGCUAAACGGCAAAGGGAAAGUGUCCGUGUCCCGUCUGUAAAGGAAACUUCAAAAGCGGAGCCCGUUCCAACUGCUGAGCCUGCAGACGAAUCUAUCGAUAUUGAAGCCAUCGAUACAUCCGAAGUGUCUGUAUUUAAUUUUAAAGGCCAGGAGUACGUUCAAAUGUCCAUGGAAUAUUACUUGAAGGAGAAGCGAAAGAUGACCGAACUACUACAUAACUAUAAGAAAGCUCUAAAGAGUAUUAAGGCACAUGUUACCCAGCUGGACCUCUGACUGUGUCCAAAGUAUUUAUAUUUCUGCAAAACUCGAAUUGGAUUUCUUUUGGUUUAGCUUUACAUGAAACCCCAAGAAGAAGUGGUUAUUUAAGUAUUCAAUGUUUACCUCCAUAUGUAACAUCUUAAUUUGUAUUAAAGAUUUUCUUUAUUUGUGACCAUUUA